AUGUCGAAGCUUUUCAUUGGCGGUCUUUCCUGGAGCACAGACGACAACAGUCUGCGCCAGCGCUUCGAGGAAUUCGGCGUUGUCGAGGAUGCUACCGUUGUCAAGGACCGUGAUACCGGCCGCAGCCGCGGUUUCGGUUUCGUCCGCUUCUCUACCGAUGAAGAGGCUACUGCCGCUAUGGAGUCUAUGAACAACCAGGAGUUCGACGGUCGCCAGAUCCGCGUUGACAAGGCUACUGAGCGCGCUGCCGGUGGUGGCGGUGGUCGCGGCGGCUUCGGCGGCGGUGGUUACGGUCGUGGUGGCGGCAACGGAGGCUACGGUGGCGGCCAGGGUGGCGGCUACGGUGGUGGCCAGGGCGGUUACGGUGGUCAGGGUCAGGGUUACGGCGGUCAGCAGCAGGGUGGCCAGGGUGGUUACGGCGGCGGUUACUAG